ACCGAUCAUCAAUUUUAUUAGACAUAAUGGCGUCUUCCGUGAAUUUAUUCGUAGUCGGAAUUAUAUUGCAAAUUACAUUUGUGUCCCCGAUUGCUGAAAUUGAGGCGGAUGAUGAAGUGCUGCACUUGAUAGGCGAGCCAGAUUUCCGUGAUGUUCGAUUGCGAUGGGAGUACGGAAAGACUGAUGAGGAGGAUCCCAAGAAGAUUUUGGCUUUCCAAAUACAUUACUGCGAACUGCAAGCCUGGGGACAAUAUAGAUGCAGAACUAAGGUUGUCGAUAAUUUUGAAGAUGAAAGAUCUGCAAGGAUGACGUUAGAAACAACAACAAGUAAGGUACCCGUCGGAAAGCGUGGUCGAACAUACACGACAUACAUUACAGGAUUACGAAUGGCUACCACAUAUUCGUUUGAAGUUCGACCAGUGAGAAGAGAUGCUAGGGAUCUCGCAGAUCCACACUCUAUUGGAUCGAAGAUUAUAAUUGUACCGACCAAGGGAUUCUCAGCACGAGCUACACAAUGCCUGCCCCACGCGAGCGAAGUCGAAGUAUCAACAGGACCAUACUUCGGUGGCCGCAUUGCCGUGGAAGCGGCAGAUGGGGGCCCAGAACGAUGUUCUCUUCAAGGAAAUCCCAAUAGUGCCCAGGACGCCUACAUACUACGAAUUCUUCACGAAGAAUGUGGUUCCGAGGUCAAUGAUACUACUGUCGCCACUUACGUGAUCGUUCAAGAAAACCUACCAAUACUCACCCACAGUACCCGCCGGUUUUUAGUUUUAUGUACUUACAAACCGGAGACAUUGACGGUGCGAGCUGGUAUUAACUUACCAAAGGCGAAUCCUGGAGAUGUUUUGGUGGAAACAAAACCUCACGGUGUGGUGGAGCCGUACGAUGAGCAGGAAUUAAAUGAUAAUAGCUUGCAACCGGCUCGGCUUGAGGCUACAAAGGAGGAAUCGCAACAAAGUAUGUUUGGAGAGAUCACUUUAGUAAUGUUCCUGGUGGUAGCUGCAUUUGGUGGUGUGGCUUUCUUGAUCUGGAAGAUGGUGCCUCAAGACGAUAAAGGGAACAGUGACAAUGUGUCUAUUUCCACGGUGUCUUCUCUUUCGCGUACAGGAAUAUUCCGUAGGGGCAAUAUAGAUAGAUUUAAUAGAAGUUCUAUUUAUUCAAUAACACUAUCGGAAAAGGAUGAAACUGUUAAAAAACCUAGUGAUGGCGAUGAUACUUCGGAGGCAUAAUCUAUAAAAAAUCGUCACGAUUGCUAUUUUGGCUGUUUACAUUUAAUACUUUUGCCUGAUAUAAGCCAAAACAACAUAAAAAUUUUUGCAGCAUACUGUGGCGUGCCUUGUCUUUUGGUACAAAUUUAAUACUUAAUUUUCGGUCACAAGCAAACAUUGUGUUACAUAGUUAGAAUAUUUUUUGGUCCACAGAUCGAAUUGGACAUUGUAGGGACUUGGUUGAUAAAAUAACUUUAACGGCAGAUUAUGCAUGGCGGUCGAAAAUAAUAUAAUUCCGACAUUUAUAAUAUCUAUAUAAAAAUAUUUUACUUGAUUACUAUUUUAACAAAAAAUUAUAACUGGACAACAUUAAAAAAAUAAAAUUAAAAUAAUAAUGCUGCACCAGUCAGUGUUGCCAGGAUUCAUAAUCUGGUUGUUGCUUGUUUGUUUAAAUCUGGAGGCUCUAGAUACAACUGUACAUUAGAGCAACUAUUUACAAUGUGGUCGAUUUUCAUUAUAUAAUUUUGAAGGGUAACUAAAAAAAUCACAAAGCUAUAGUGAAAGAAUAGAAUAGGAUUUGGGGGACAUUAUAUCGUCUUUGGAUAAAUUGUGCGUAUUCGUUUAACUAGUUAAGUUAGCAUUAUAUAAGUAAAAAAUAAUAGACUGUAUUAUUUAAG